AUGGCGGAGCAAACUCACGCAAUCGUGACUGGUGCAUCUUCUGGUAUUGGCAGAGCAGUUUCAUACAAGUUGGCACGCCGAGGGGUCAAUCUUUUGUUGGCCGACAUCAACAUCGCAGGCGGAGAACAAGUGGCCGAGGACAUCCGCAACAAGUUUAAAGUCGCCGCAGCUUUUGUCAAAUGCGAUGUGAGCAGUCAAGCGGAUGUCGACAACAUGCUGUCCGUGUUCAAGCAGAACUAUCCCCGGCUUGAUUGGGCCUGCAAUUGCGCAGGGACUGCGGACAAACUCAUGCCUGAUGAGGAUGCCGUCACCCAAGAGCAGUUUGACUGGAUGUAUCAUCUCAACGGCAGAGGAACCUGGAUGUGUCAAAAGGCCGAGGCCUUGGUCAUGCGCGAACAAGAACCGAGAAAGAUUGUGCUCGACCCUUCCGAGGAAGUCGUCGAAACCAGAGGCUCGAUUGUCAAUAUGUCGUCAGUCUGUGGUAUUGUCGCCCUAGGACUCCCGGGCUAUUCGGCAGCCAAAGCUGGAGUGCAAGCCAUUAGCAGAUCAGGAGCGCACUUCUACGGACCAAACGGCAUCCGGGUCAACAGCAUAUCGCCAGGAUCGAUCAGGACCGAGGCUUCUGUCGCCUGGGCUAAUUCCUUGCCUGACGAGCAGUGGAAGUUGGUCGCCAAAUCAAUUGUGGAUUCAACGCCACUCCGGAGGCAAGGGCGGCCAGAGGAGCUGGCCAAUGUUGUUGCCUUUCUCCUUAGUGACGAGAGCACCUUUGUCAAUGGCCAGAACGUUACAGUCGAUGGGGCGUGGACGACUGCUAGAUACUAG